AUGAAGCGGAUGUUCUCCUGCUCCAGCUCGCAGGUGGCGGUUGAGAGCUGGAACAAGCAGGACCAGAAACUUUUGGAAGCGGUGGAGAAGGGUGACGUGGGCAGGGUGUCCGCCCUCGCCGCCCGCAAAACCGCCCGGCCCGCCAAGCUCAACGCCGUGGGGCAAUCCGCCUUCCACCUGGCCGCGUCCAAGGGUCUCACCGAGUGCCUGACGCUGCUGCUGGCCCACGGGGCCCCCAUUAACGAGAAGAACGAUGACGGCAGCACCGCUCUGCAUCUGGCCACCAUCGCCUGCCAGCCCCAGUGCGUCAAGGUCCUGCUGCAGUACGGUGCCAACGAGGGCCACGUGGACGGACAGAACCGAACCCCCCUGCACUGGGCCGCCUCCUCGGGCUGCGCCUCCAGCGUCCUGCUGCUCUGCGACCACGAGGCCCUCCUGGACGUCACCGACGCCCACGGGCAGACCCCCCUGAUGCUGGCGGCGCGGGGGAACCACGCUGCCAUCUGCGCCCAGCUCCUGCAGAGAGGGGCCGACCCCAACCUGGCCGACAAGGACAAGAAGACCGCCCUGACGCUGGCCUGCGAGCACUGCAGCGUGGAGUCGGCCGAGCUGCUGCUGAGCCACGGGGCGGCCAUGGGGGACCAGGACCGCUGGCACUACGCGGGACAGACCCCCAGCCGCGCGCUCCGGCGGCUCCUGCGCGGCGCCCGCGGCGGGGCGAGAGAGAACGGCGCUGGCUGUGCCGGGGACCCCGCGCCGCAGGUGGGAAGCCAAGAAGAGGAGACCCCAGGCAGCGACAGCGAGGAGGAGGAGGAUGAAGAGCAGCGGGAUGGGUGCGAUGCCCAGCGGGUGCGGCGGCUGCAGGAGCGGCUGGCGAGGAAGACGCGGGAAUGCCAGCGGCUGGCGGCCACUGCCAACAGCAUCCGGCAGCGGGUGCGGGAGCUGGCACGGCUCCUGCCCGGCUGCGAAGCCGGGGACGGGACUGAGGAUGAGGAUGGUGCCUGCCUGGAUCUCCUGGCCCAGCACGUGGGGGAGCUGAGGAAGAGGAUGAUGGCCGAGGAAGAGGGGGAUGGAGGACACCCAGCCGCGGCACAGCUCGACGGUGAUAACGGAGUGCCGGCGCUGGCCCCGUUCCUGACCUGGCUGGGGGACGAGUGUGCCAAAAUGCGGGCGGCGAAGGCGAGCGCCUUCACCCGGAGCAAGGGGCUGCGGAAGGAGGUGGAGGAAGCCCUGCGGAGCAAACUGCACUACGAGGUGGUGUCGGCCGACGCCGUCCGGAAAAGCUUGGCGGCUUGGGAGAAGAUGGUGGUGGGGCUGGAGCAGACGCUGAGCCGCGCCGACGAGACCCACGCCAAGAUGCUUGAGGGAUCCCGCGUCCUCCUGGAAAACCUCCGUCGGGAGCCGGAGCGGCCGCUCGCUGGGACGGCACCUUCCCAGUGCCCGGUGAACGGCACGGAGCCGGCUCCGGGUGGGAAGAACCGAGAGGAGCUGCCGAGGGAGGGUGGGAGCGUGGAGAAGGAGAUGCUGGAGCUGAAGGAGAGCAACGGGAUGCUCCUGGGGGAGCUGGCCCGGCUGGGCCGCGAGCGGGAGCGGCUGCAGGAGGAGCUGCGGGGGCUGCGGGAGCAGGACCCCGGCGCCGAACCGGCGGCGGAAGGUCCCGGAGCGGCCGCCCUGGCCCAGGCGCUGGCGGCCGAGCGGGAGGAGGUGGCGAGGCUCCGGCGGAGGCUGGCGGGGCAGCGGCGGGAGCUGGCGGCGCUGCGGGACGGGGUGGGCGAGAGGGUGCGGGAGGCGGCCGGUGAUGCCAGCGCCGGCAUCCUGCGGGAGCUGCACCACAAGCUGGACGGGCUGGUGAGGUCCCAGCAUGAGGCCUUGCAACUCGUUGCAGAGAUGGAGGGUGAUGGCACCCACGGGGAUGGGGACGCCGGGGUUGGGCUACUGGGCCAGCUGGAGGACGCGCUGGGCGAACUGGUCGAGGAGCUGGGGACGGCACCGGGUCCCCGCGUGCUGCGGCUGCUGGAGCGGCUCGCCGUCACCGCCGCCGCCCUGCGCGGCCGGGAGCUCCCCGGGGAGCAGCCGGGGGCCGAGGCCGAGCGCUGGCGGGUGGCGGCGGCGGAGGAGAAGCGGGCGAAGGAGGCGGCGGAGGCCCGGGCGGCCGAGCGGGAGCGGGAGGCGCGGGAGCUGCGGGAGAAGGCGGAGGGGCUGGAGCGGAGCGUGGGCAGCCUGCGGGCGAGGGCGGGCGAGCUCUCCAGGGCCUGCCGGGACAAGGAGGGGAAGAUGAAGAAGCUGCUGGCGGAGACGGAGAAGCUGUCGGCGGAGGUGCUGGGGCUCCGCAGCCAGAGCGCCCGGCUCCAGCUCCAGCUGGAGGUCCAGCAGAAAAACCACCGGGACAUCGUGGCCGUCUAUAGGACCCACCUGCUCAACGCUGCCCAGGGCUUCAUGGACGAGGGCGUCCACGCCAUGCUGCUGCGGAUCCUGCGGACGGGGGAGUGA